GCUUGCUUACAUGUUUAUAGAUUGUGUUUUAUAAUUAAAGAAUUGUAUUAUAUUUUAAGUUGUUUUCAUAAAAUUAUAAAAUUUUACCAAUGUAUUUUGGUUUUUAUAUAAAACGUGAUAUAAUUUAAAAUGAAUCUAUUAUCUUUUAAUAUACUUAUUGUUACUAUUCCUAUAAUAUACGGACAAUAUUUUUUCAAUGAGCACAAAAUUGACCAUAUAAUAUGGUGCACAAAAUCUGAAGCUGAGCAGUAUAAAUGUCAGAAUUUAACGAAGAUUUUAGAGUAUGAUCGGCAGCGAUUUGAUGAUAGUUUUCUUAAUUUGACAUGUUUUAUGGCUUUUAAUACAGAUGAAUGUAUACAUCAUAUUGAUAGGGAAACGGCACAUAUAACCACACUUGAUGCUGGUGAUAUGUUUACUGCUGGACGAUAUAAUUCCUUAAUACCUAUAAUGCAAGAAGUUUCUAAAGGAGGAUUUAAGCAUUACUAUGCUGUUGCGGUUGUAAAAAGGGAUACUUUACCUGAUGUACACAGUUUAAGAGACUUAAGAAAUAAAAAGGCAUGUUUUCCUUGGGUAGGGAGCUUGGCUGGUUGGACGGUGCCCCUUUAUACACUCCAAAAACACGGUGGAAUGGAAAUAAAAGAUUGCAACAAUCAAGUAAAAACAACCGCUCAUUUUUUCAAUGAUUCGUGUGCUGUUAAUUCUUUAACUGACAAAUAUAAUCCAUUGGGAGACAAUUCAGACAAAUUAUGCUCUUUAUGCUCCGGAAAAGUUCAAAGUGGGAGAUGUACCCCUGCUGAUCCUUAUUAUGGAUUCGAUGGGGCUUUCAGAUGUUUAUUGGAAGUUGGUGAUAUAGCAUUCCUACGACAUACAACUGUAAACGAAAUGUUGACGGGAACCGAGUUUCGAGGGCAGUCGGUGGAUAAUUUCCAGUUGUUAUGUAAGGAUGGCAGAAGGCAACCCAUCAGUGAAUAUUUACAGUGUAAUUGGGGUGAAGUUCCUACAGAUGCAAUCGCUGUAUCUUCUGCUCGACCAUUUGAUGAAAGAAAACAGUUUCAAAAAUUUUUAUUAAAAGUAUCUCAGCUUUAUGGUGGCCAGACUGGUAUAACAUUUAAUAAUUCUUCGUAUUCAAGUAAUUAUGACUCAAGGAAUCAAGGAACUUAUAAUAAUAAUCCCUCAACUCGAUACGACGACAAUUUUAACCGAAAAAAUAGAUUGGACUAUGGACAAUCUGAUCGAAAUAGUAGAAACAAUGACAGAUAUAACAAUGAAGGUUCAAGAUUUGGAAGAAUUGAUGACUCCUUUCCUACAGAAACUAAUUCUAUACGGAACGAAAACACUUCACUAAUUGAAAAUUUUAAAAUGUUUGAUUCAAAAAUACAUGGGAAGCAAAAUUUGAUGUUCCAAGAUUCUUCUGUUGGCUUGGAGCUUAUAAAAGAAGAAGAGCAGUCAUUCCGUAAUUAUUUAGGAGCUGCAAUUGAUUAUAUAUAUGAAAUUCGUAAUUGUCCUAUAGGAGUAAUGAAGCUAUGUGUAACGUCAGAUGCAGAAUACGAAAAGUGUCACAAGAUGAAGAUUGCUUUGAAAGCUCAACUUUUGAAACCUGAAUUGACCUGCUUUAGAGGCCAUUCUCAUAUAUAUUGCAUGCAAUCUAUACAACAAGGCGCAGCCGAUGUUGCAGUAUUUGAUGCUGGAGAUGUAUAUACCGGAGGGUGGUUUUAUCAACUGAUACCCUUUAUGUCCGAAGUCUACAAUUUAGGAGAGCCCGAAUAUUAUGUCGUAGCAGUUGGAAAAGAAGAAGAUCUAGACACCGAAUUGACUUAUUUAAAAGGGAAAUAUACAUGUCAUACAGGAUUGAAUACAGCUGCAGGAUGGACAUACCCAAUGGCUUAUUUAAUUUCUAACGGUUGGAUUCGUCCAUAUGGAUGUAAUAGCGUCCGGGCUGCAGCUGAAUAUUUUACAAAAUCGUGUAUACCUGGAGCAAUAAGUAACCAAUAUAACAAAGACAUUCCGUACGAUUCAAUGUGCGGUCUUUGCCAUGGAUCAAGCUUUAGUUACUGCAGAAGAGACGCUUCAGAGGAUUAUUAUGGUCAUACUGGUGCUUUUCGAUGUUUAGUUGAAGGUGGCGGCCAAGUUGCCUUCGUAAAACAUACAACUGUUUCUGAAAAUACUGGCGGAAAGCGUAAAGAAUGGUGGGCACGAAAUACAUUAGAAGAUGAAUUUGAACUUUUAUGCCCAGAUGGUACACGUGCUGAAAUGUCUGAAUACAAGACAUGUAAUUUAGGAAAAGUGAAAGCAAAUGCUAUUGUAGCCCGCGGAGGAUUCGGAUACAACGAGACUGAAUUGAAUGCAUUUAUUAAUCUGUUUCAAUAUGCUCAACAGUUAUAUGGUAGAAAGUACGUCGAUGAAUUUAGUUUUAGUAUGUUCUCAUCACCAGCGCCGUAUUACGAUUUAAUUUUCCAAGACGCAACACGCCAACUUCAAGUUAUAGAUAAAGAUAAACGAAGUUUCGAUACAUAUUUAGGAAACGAUUUUUUGAGGGCUCGGCGGAUAACUGAUUGUUUUGCAUCUGCUCCAAAAGCUAUGAGCACAAAUAUUUUUUAUACCUUAACUAGUUUAGUACUUUUAAGUUAUCUAUCCUUGUUAUAAAAAAUUCUUUAAUUUUAAACAAACUUACAAAUUGUGUAUAAUGUACAAUGAAAAAAAUAAAAACAAAACCGACAAAAAAUAAGAUAAAAAAUCCGUCCAAAUAAAAAGAAUUGUACAAUUGAAUUAAUUCCAAUCGAAAUAAUAGGUACAAUUCCGUCCAUAAUGUAUAUGAUAAGUAAUAAAAUUAUAAAAUGGUUUAUAUUUUAUACUUUUUUUAAGAAAUAAAUUUUUUAAUUAC